AUGGCCCCCAAAUUUCCCCACGAACAGCUGGGCUCUCCACAGCAGGCAUGGGCGUCCCCGGAUGCCUCGUCGGUCGCGAUCCACAACCACCAUGCCUCGGCCGGUCAUCUGCAGCAGCAGCAGCACCUCCAGCAGCAGCUAACCGACUGCCCGGGCUCCUUCUGGCUGCCCAGCCGGGACCAGACGGCCGAGCUGGUCGACAAGUUCCUGGGCGACCUGAACCACGUCAGGCACCUCGUGCACGACGCUUCCCUCCGGCGCCUGGUGGCCGACGUGUUUGACUCGCGGCCGCACGUCCCCGCGGGGCCCGUCGUCGUGCUGUCGUCCGUCUUCUCGCUCGUCGCGUCCACCUGGACAGCCGACGACCCGGCCAAGGUGCAGUCGAUCGCCAGCGCCGCCGAGGCGCAGGCCAGGACCGAGUUCUGGACGAGGAUAGCCUACGAGGUCUCGGAGCGGUGCCAGGCCAACGGCGAGGCGUCGCUCGACAUCCUCCAGGGCCUGGCGAUACUGUGCUUCACCAUCCUCAACCUCGAAGGGCUGACUCUGCGCGCGCUGCAGGGCCUGUCGAGGGCCGUCACCCUGGCCCGGCACCUGGGCCUCCACCGGAUCGAUGAUCCACGCGAGGAGGCGAGCCCGGCGGUACGCCUGACUGGCAUCAGGGCCGAAGUUGCAAGACGGAUCUGGUGGCAUCUCUCCGCCGUCGACUGGGGCACCUACUCGGUCAACCCGCACCACAUGGCCGUGCGCAAGCCGCUGAACCUCGACGACGCCGAGCUCACAGACGGCGCCACCGGCCGGCCCCUGGCUCAAUCGACCGCAAGCUCGUACUUUUUGCAGCGGAUCCGCUGGGCCGAGAUGAUCCGCGAUCUGGUCGUCGACCAGGCCGGCCGCGGCGGCUUCGACUGCAUCGUCCCGCCCUACGACCAGGUGCUCAAGAUCGACGCCGCCAUCGACGCCUUUGUGCGCGACGUCCCGGCCUUUUACAACCUCCCGCAACCGCAACUGCAACCUCAGUCCCAGCAGCCGCAGCUCCAAGGCGACACCGCCUCCGCCAGAAGCAGCAGGACCAGCACCCCGGCAGCAGCAGGACAACAACACAACGCCUCCGCCGCCGCGGGCAUGGUCAAGCAGCACCACCAUCACCACGUCGUCACGCAGCGCCAGCUCCUCGUCUCCCUCGUCAACUGCCAGCGCUGCCGCAUGCACCUGCCGUACAUGGCGCGCAGCGCGGCCGCCGACCGCGCCUACGAGCACUCGCGCACCGUGGCCCUGGCCAGCGCCCGCCUCAUCAUCGACACGGAGCGCUGCCUGCCCUGGUCCACGCACCCCGUCGCCUCGGCGCGCCUGCGCUCCGGCAUCGCCGUCUUUGCGUAUUUCUACGCCGUGGCCGUGCUGGUGGUCGACCUAUGCCUCGUCGCCCGGCCCGAGUCCGGGUCCGGGUCCGGGCCCGGGUCGGCCGGUAGUAACGGUGGUGGUGGUGGUGGUGGUGGUGGUGGUGGUGGUGGUGGUGGUGGUGGUGGUAGCCAGGGCCAGCAGCAGCAGCAGAGCCGCGCCGAGAAGCAGCGCGAGCUGGCGCUGCCGUGGACCAUCCUCGAGGAGGCUCAGGCGCGCACGCCGGCCGUGCAGGAGGGCGUGCGGAUGCUGCGCGCCAUGCUCAAGAAGCACAACGUGUGGUGCGCGGCCGACGACGACGACGAGCAAGCUGAAGACGGGGACCAAGACGAAGAGUUGUACCAGCAACCGCAGCAGCAGCAGCAACAGCAACAGCAACAGCAGCAGGUGGACGUGAAGCAGCCGCAGCCGCAGCAGUACUACCACCACCAUCACCAGUACGACAAGAUGGAGGAGGACUCGGACCGCGAGACGACGUUGGGCAAGGUGCACACGCCGGUGAGCAUGGAGUCGACGGCGAUCGAGAGCGAGGUCAUGGCCAUGCCUUCGUCGGCAUGGCCUGGCGUCACCGGGGACGAGCUGGAGGGCAUCGACCUGAACAACUUGUACUGGGUGCUAAAUGCACCCUUCCUAUAG